CACACGCCCCUCCCCCUCCUGUCAGCCCUGUCUCCUGGGGUUAAUCCGCCUCUCGGUCUGCAGUCAUCAUGGCGGAAAUCAAAACGGGAAUCUUCGCGAAAAACGUGCAGAAACGGUUGAACCGCGCGCAGGAGAAGGUGCUGCAGAAACUGGGAAAAGCUGACGAGACCAAAGAUGAGCAGUUUGAGCAAGUGGUCAUCAAUUUCAGGAGACAGGAGUCUGAAGGCUCUCGGCUGCAGAGGGAGAUGAAGGCCUACAUGUCCGCCAUUAAAGGGAUGCAGCAGGCCUCCAUCAACCUGACCCAGUCUCUGCAUGAAGUCUACGAACCGGACUGGCAUGGAAAAGAUGACGUCAUGGUCAUUGGGAAGGACUGUGAUGCAUUGUGGGAGGACUUUCAUAACAAGCUGGUGGACUCGACGCUGCUGGACCUUGACGCGUACCUGCAGCAGUUUCCAGACCUCAAAACUCGUGUGGCCAAAAGAAGUCGGAAACUCAUCGACUACGACAGCGCUCGUCAUCAUGUGGAGACUCUGCAGAUGUCAGGGAUGAAGAACGACCGUAAGAUAACAAAGGUGAGCUUGGUGAUCUGUGAUGAAACAUGGGUUUCAUACAGCAGCUGUUACCUGUGGUGCGUUCAGGUGCUGCGUGGAGGUCAGUUUGUUAAUCAGACUUGUUUCUGUUUGAAGGCAGAGGAAGAGUUGAAAAAGGCUCAGAAAGUGUUUGAUGAGUUGAACGUUGGUCUACAGGACGAACUGCCGACUCUGUGGGACAGCCGUGUCGGCUUCUACAUCACCACCUUUAAGAGUGUGACGCACCUGGAGACCAAAUUCCACCGCGAGAUUUCCCUGGUUUGUCGGCAGCUGUACGAAGUGAUGACCAAACUGAGUGAGCAGCACUCUGACAAAAUGUUCACCAUCCAAGGAGCGCCGAGUGAUUCAGGACCACUGCGACUAGCCAGAACCCCGUCGCCACCAGAGGACGAGAGUCCACCUGACAGUCCAGACUUCAGCUCCAAUCACAUGCUGCGCCCUGUCUCACCUGGACCACCACGGCCCAAAUCUCCUACACAGCUUAAAAAGGGGCCGCCGGUGCCUCCACCACCAAAGGUCACACCUACCAAAGAGGUGGCGGAGGAGCAGAUCAUUGACCUGUUUGGAGGAGAAUUUUUACCGGCACCUUCACCAUCACAGCCCAAUGAACGGCCAGGAGAAUCACUUCUUGACCUGGACUUUGAUGCUUUUCAACCGGAUGACAGUGUUUCGCCGAUACCACAGACAGCUGUUCCUUGGGAUAUGUGGUCGGCAAACACACAAACAGCUGAGCCUGCUGCAGAUGCUGGCUUCGUCGCCGACUGGUCCGCUGACUUUGGUUCAUUGUCAGCAAAUGGAGAUGCUGCUUCAGGAGCCGAGGCCCCUGCUGUAGGGCUGGAGAGGGCACAGGGCGGGGCACAGGGUGGGGCUCAGGGCAGGCCCCAGGCAGAUGACUGGCAGCCAGGUGCAGACACAGCUACUACACAUCCUCAGGACAGUGAGCCAACCACAGCAGCUCAAGAUGAGGUGACCAAUACAUUUAAUGGAUUCUCGCAGGAUGCCACUGUCCCAUCAUUCUUUGCUGAUUUUGAUAAGAUGAACGAAGUGACUGCUGAAACAACUGAGGCUCCAGAAGCCUUGGACACAGAAGUUUCUGAAGAACAAGACAAACCUGCAGCUCCCCCUGCUGGUGAGGAACCCACAGCUUGCUCUGCUGAUGAGGAACCUACAGCUUCCCCUGCUGGUGAGGAACCUACAGCUUCCCCUGCUGGUGAGGAACCUACAGCUCCCUCUGCUGGAGACGAGGAGGAGGAACCUAAAGCUGGUGAGGAACCUCCAAGUUCUCCUGCUGGAAAACAGAUCGAAGAACCUCCACGUCUGUCGGUUGGUGAUCAAGAUACAGGAAGUUCUGUCAGCGUGACAGAGAAGAAAUCUGAUUUGACUGUUGGAUCUCCCGGAACUGAGAAGGCGGAGCUUGGUGAGAUUCCUCCUGUGGAUGAAGCAAAACCAUCUCCAGAUGAAGCAGCUCCAUCGGAAAAGAUGCCAAUCCCCUCUGUUGUGAUUGAGCCUGCCUCCAGUAAUGAAGGCGAUGAUGACCGUGAUGCUGACAUCAUCUCUCCCACUGCCAUCAGUGACAACGGUGUGACAGCUGGAAACCAGCCUAUCAAACACAUGAGUCCAAGUGGUGGAGUGUCGGGACUUCCUGAUGAUUUCCUGUACAAGGUGGAGACAAUGCACGACUUUGAGGCUGCGAAUUCAGAUGAGCUCGAGCUGAAGAGAGGUGAUAUAGUGUUGGUGGUUCCUACAGCUUCAGUAGAGGAUCAGGACGCCGGUUGGCUGACAGGGAUCAAAGAAAGUGACUGGUUAACACUCGGAGCUGGUGCUCACAAAGGACUGUUCCCAGAAAACUUCACUCAGCGUUUGGAGUAAGAACCGUAUGCAGCUGAGUAGAAGUUCAAGACAUUGUUGUCCAAGCUGCCCUGUCAGCAUGUAGCCAGCCCUAGAAAAAACCCUUUUAACCUGCUGCAGCUGUUUGCUGGACAACUUACGGCUUUCUCUGGUAGACGAAACUUCACAAAGUCACGCUUGAUAAGUACUACUAUUCCCAGGACAACUGAAGAUUAUAAGCAUGAUGUUAAGAGUGUGGUCUACCCUCCUCUGGAAUUAAAAUGUUUUUUGUUUUUGUUUGUUUUUUUGUUGUUGAAAGAAAGACAAAAACAUGUAUGAUGCAUUUAUUGGGAAUGUUGCAAUCUCAACAUGUUCACGCCUACAAAAAGCAGAAAAAAAUGUUUCAGAAGAAAAAAAGAACUGUACCUUCUUUGCACCGAGUGUGUUGUACUGAUUUUGUUGCUCUGCUGUGGAAUAUAUCAGAAUCUGUAGUGCUGUGAUCUAUUUAAAUGUUACUGAGUGUUUCAUGAAACUCCUGAUUUUUCUUUCCAGAUGUUAUGACUGUUUCCUUUGAAUCACUGUUAGUGUAUUUCUGUAACAUCAUGGUUAAUUGUGUGGUGUGUGUGUGUGUGUGUGUGUGUGUGUGUGUGUGUGGUGAUCUUUUCUUUGGUACAUGUGAUGAUGAUUUAAGUCACUGAUGAGUGUUGCUGUGUUUUUGCCAAAAUAAUAUUGAUAUUUGUCAUCUGAGCAUUGGCAAACGAACCAGUGCACAUUCAGAAUGAUAAUCUUUAAUAUUUUAUGAAAAUGAGUAUUUGAAGAUAAAAAGUCUAAAGAUUCUGCCCACUAUUGCAAAUGUCAUUGUAUAGCUGUAGAAGUCACGUCUAAUGAAAAAUUAUAUUUGCGAGAAACAGAGUCAAGUAGAAGACAUUUUAAUGUCAUCAGCUAUUUUAAGUAUAUUAUCACAGGGAAGGUGUCAAGAAAUGCAAUAUGCAAUCUAUGUCAUCAGUAAAUUUCAGGUCUCCAUAUUCCAACAGUUCUGUAGAUCAACAAAUAUGAUGUCACUUCCUUUGACAGUGAAAUUAAAUCUUAAUGUAGACAUUUUUGUGAUGUACAUACCAUAAACAUUUAUGUCAAUAUCAAUAAAGACUUAAUAGUGAAAAAAUUGUUAAGAGUUUUGUUGGGUUGUCCACAGUUCAGUCUUCAGCAACAUGAGUGAUUUGAGAAAUGAGAUUAUAAAUCACUCUCAUGCUGUGUUCCCACUAAAUGCGAUGAAUGCGAUUUACUUGCGCGAGUAAAUGAAAAUUCAUUGCGGUACUCGCUCGAGUUUGGACACUGGGCCAUAAUGUAAAAUUUGCGUUAUCGCGUCAGACGUGCGAGUACGAGCCCGCCCAUUUUUACUAGAUAACAACAACAUUACUUCCGCCAUUUCUUUCUCUCAUCGACCGUGGCUGAGAUCACCAUGAUCGCUGCACUGUACCUGCUCUGGAGGUCCUAGAUUCGUCUGAGGGCCAAACGCCGUUGUCGGUUCUGGGUGCAUGAUACCCUGCGGAGGCGAACUGAGCUCAGCGAGUUCCACCGUCUCCUACAGGAGCUCCGCCUGGACGACGGUCGGUUCCAGCGGUACUUCAGGCUGACUGGGGCCCAGUUUGGGGACCUGUUGCCGAGAACUGGUGCUUCAAAGCUGGCCAUAACUUGAGCUGCGAGCCUCGUUGUUGAUGUCUUUGUGUGUGUGUGUGUGUGUGUGUGUGUGUGUGUGUGUGCGUGCGUGCGCGUGUGUGCAAAACUUUAUUUCUAAUAUAUGAAUAAAUUCUAGCUCUUGGCCUGCUUGUCAUGUUUUUAAAUAGAAAAUUAGCUCUUGUUUUAUCCACUACAAUAAAGCAAUAGUGCAAGCUCAGCAUUUCCAUAUAUGUAGCCAUAUCAAUAGAAUAUUAUUAUUUGUUGUGUGUCUUUUUGGUUGUGUUUUGUAUUUUGAGUCUUGUGAGUAUGAAUGGGUUAGGGUUAGGGUUAG